GUAAAAAAAAAUCAGUUUUUUGGGUAUGUCGGCUGAGUGAAGGUCUCUGACAAACAAAGUGCAAAAAUAAUACAAAUUGUAUUACAAACAGUGCGAAUUUUUGGUCAAAUAAUACGUAUAUAUGCUGUUUGUAUUUGGAGUUUAUUAUUAAAACCUUAAACCGUUAACUCGUAUAAAUGUCUAGUGUAUAACCUCUCAAUAAGCAAUUAGCCUUUCUUAUUGUAAUAAAAUUCCUUAGCUCGCGAUAAAUGAAAGUGUUGUUUACAUUCCGUGAAGUGCAUGGUGUGCAGUUUGCGGCCGUUUUGGAUGCAAGUCGUAAGAAUAACGUAGCGAGAGUCCGCGAGUGAAAAUGCAGGGGCAAGAGUUUGUGUGUUCAAAAUGUGUGUAAAUCAGUGUAAUUUAAUUACAAGGUGUUAUUGUGGUGUUCUGUGCUGGAUGUCGCGGUAGGAUUGCCAUGUCCCGGCUGGUCGACUACUUCGUGAUUGUGGGAUUCGACCACGAGAAAGAAAGAGGCGGGCUGAGCAGUGGCGUCAUCCUACAACGCUUUCCAGAGAUCAACUGGGAGGACACUCCUUUCCACGAAGGGAUAGAAUGGUUCUGUCAGCCACAAGGAUGGGCGUUGUCGACGGAGCGGUCGGAGCCGCGCUUCUACGUGUCGGUACUGACGGACGUGGACGCGAACAGGCACUACUGCGCGUGCCUCUGCUUCAACGAGACCGUCGCCAUCACGCCCACCAAGCCUGCAGACGAGGACGAGGAGUCUUUGGAGCCGCGGCCGGUGGCCAACAUCACGCACCACAGCAUCAUGUACGCGCCCAAGUGCCUCGUCAUAGUGUCGCGGCAGGACUACCUGGACACCUUUCGGAACUGCUUAGGCAUUAUCUACACAGUAUGGGUAGAGAACCUGGGCGUACCGCUGGAGACAUUGGUGGGCAACCUGCUGGGCUGCGUAUUAGUACCUCCAGCGGGUGGCCCGCAGGUCCGAUUCAGCAUCGGCGCGGGCGACCGCCAGGCGUUGCAACCUCCGGCCGCACCGCCGCUGCCCGUCACACAUACAUCCGUGCACAUGCUACUACGAUUAUUAGGCAUCCACAACUCCGUAACCCUCUGGUGCGCCGUGAUGUCCGAGCACAAAGUCCUGCUAGUCUCCCUCGCGGCAGCGCGCCUAGCGGCCGCCUGUAGAGCCCUUGCCGCGCUCAUGUUUCCGUUCCGCUACGCGCACGUGUACAUACCGCUGCUGCCGUCCGGCCUGGUGGAGGUGCUGGCGACGCCCACGCCCUUCCUUAUUGGAGUCCACUCCAGCUUAAAGGAGGAGGUGUCGGAGUUGCUAGACGUAAUAGUAGCGGAUCUGGACGUCGGUUCCCUCCACAUCCCCGCCGGCGUGAAUAUCCCUCGGCCCGACGGGAAGCUCCUAUCAUCCCUCCAAGAAGACCUAGCAUUGGUCUUACAACCGGAGCUACGGUCUGCCGAUUCAGCCUUCGCACCACCACCUCCUGCGGCUUCACCGCCUCAUAUGCUGGAUAAGGAGAUCAGGGCCGUAUUUAUGAGGACGUUAGCGAAGUUGCUGCAAGGUUACAGGCACUGCCUCACAAUCAUCCGCAUUCACCCAUCCCCGGUGCUCACAUUCCACAAAGCCGGGUUCCUGGGCAGCCGCGGCCUGGCGCAGUGCCCGUUCGCCGUGCGGCUGCUCGACUCCAUGUUCUUCAACGGACUGGUCGCCGAGCGCGGCCCGCCGUGGCGCCCUACUGACAUAUGGGACGAGCUCGUGCAGAACCUACCAGAACAUCUGAGGUUAGAAUCGCUUAAUCCAAACCUGGAGCUGCAACACAUACAAGACCUCGCGAUGCAAUUGCAACUCAACGAGAAUCCUAACCCGCAGACAUACCAGCAGCGCAUUCUCCGACCACCAGAAGGAGCCUCAGCCCGCAUCCACCAGCCUCCCCUGCCGACGUUGGACCCGGUACGCGUCAAAGAGGUCAUCGACGAGGUCACCGCCAGGAACGCCGAGCAUCCCAAACUAACAGCGCUGCGAGCGCCCGUGCCGCGCAUCGUGCCGCCCGCGGCGCCGCCUGCGGGCGCGACCGAGGCCGGCCACGUGCUCGUCACCAACUCCGCGCGCCGCCUCGAGGUCCUCCGCGCCUGCAUAGCAGCGAUAUUCGAGUGCCGCUACGCAGACGCGCGCAAAUCGUUCCCCGCCGUACUGCUUGCGUUACGCGCGUGCGCCGCGCGCGCUGCGCUCGUGCGCGACCUGGCCGCGCGCCUGCCCAGCAACAAGCACUUGCUACACCACCACCAGUUCGAGUUACUAGUCAGACUAAUGAACUGCGCGCUUCAAUCCGCUUCAGCCUUGGACGAGCAUUCGAUAGCAGCGGCGAUGUUGCCGCUCGCGACCGCCUACUGCCGCAAGCUGUGUACCGGCGUCAUCCAGUACGCGUACAUGUGUAUACAGGAGCACCAAGUAUGGACGAGCCAGCAGUUCUGGGAAGCAGCCUUUUACCAAGACGUUCAACGUGACAUAAAGGCACUUUAUCUCCCCAGUCCCACGCACCACCACCACCAGAGGGCGCCUAGUCCAAGGGACGACGACGAAUACUCGUUGCUGAGGGCACAGGAACCCAGCGCGUUGGAGAUCGCCGCCGAACAGAUGAGGCUGUGGUCCUCACUACCUCCAGAAAAGCAACGCGAAAUAAUAGCGAGCGAAGAACAAACGCUAUACAGCCAGGCCAUUCACUACGCCAAUAGGAUGGUCUACCUACUUCUGCCACUAGAGGGCGCGGGGCGGCGCGCCGACGCGAGAGGAGAGGACGCAGACAGAGCUAGCAAUAGCAUCACUAACAGUGUGGCGGAAUCGGACAGUGCUGACGCGGAGUCCGGUUUCGAGGAGGCCGACCCCGGCGAGGCCGGGAACAAUGUCAUCAAGAUGGUCUCCAGAUUCGUAGACAAGGUGUGCACAGAAGGAGGGGUGACGGCAGACCACGUGCGGUGUCUACACCAAAUGAUCCCCGGCGUGGUGCACAUGCAUAUGGAGACCCUCGAUGCCGUAGCUCGAGAAAGCCGCCGCUUACCGCCUGUACAAAAGCCGCGAAUAGUGGCCCCCUGGUUAGUACCCGGCGAGGCGGUGUCGGGCGCGGCGCUGCGCUGCUGCCUGGCGGCGGACGGGCGCGCGGCGCCGCUGCUGCCCGCCGAGGGCGCGCUGUUCCUCACCAACUACCGCCUCGUGUUCCGCGGGGCGCCGCUCGACCCGUUCGCAUGCGAACAAACAGUUGUGAGGUCGUUCCCUUUAUGUGCGCUGACGCGUGAAAAAGCUGUACGCACGCACUACCUACCGCACUUGGAGCAUUCGCCGCAGGAGGGACUUCAGCUGCGCUCCGCCACCUUCCAGCUCAUCAAGGUUGUACUAGAUGAGGAAGUGAGCUCGGAACAGCUGGACGUGUUCCGGAAGGCGUUAGCGCGAGUCCGGCACCCGCAGCACGCGACGCACCACUUCGCGCUCGCGCCGCGCGCCAUGCCGCCUCCGCCCGGACCACCGCCCAAGCACCACACACUCAAAGGCUUCGCAAAGAAGACCCUACUAAAGACGGCCCGACGGGCGGGUCUCAAGCCGAAACCGUCCAAGCGGCAAAAGUACGUGCUACCUUCUGCGUCCGCGCGGUCGUUGACCUCGCCGCCGCUCAUGUCGUCUUUGUCGGCUGAUACGCUCUCAUUGGAGGAGCUGGAGCUGGCGGGCGCGGAGGGCGCGGAGGUGCCGGCGGCGCGCACGCUGGAGCGCGUGCGCGAGCGGGCCUACGCGCGCGACUGGGCGCGGCUCGGCCUCGCCGCGCCACCCUUCCGCCUCACGCACACCAACGCCGUCUACACGCUGUGCCGGAGUUAUCCAGCAGUGUUCCCCGUACCUGAGGGCGUCGGCGACGAGUCCCUCCGAAGAGUCGCUCGAUGCUACCGACAAACUCGCCUGCCGUGCCUCACGUGGCGACAUCCGAGAACGCAUGCGUUACUAGCCAGAUCGGCGGCGCCGCACCACAAGGGCGUCAUGGGUAUGCUGAAAGGCAGCCACCAGACGCAAGGCGCCGCGCAAAGCGGCACUGAAACCACGUCCAGUUUAGAACAGGAACGAUACUUGGCAACGCUGGUAGCCUGCACGCCAGCGUCGCGUGGCGAGCUCGAAGAUUCAAGUCUCAGUUUAGAUUCGUUACUCCUCACGGAAGAACCCACGCAUACGCCGCUGCUCAACAAGCCCGGUACCAUGGGAGCUGCCACACGAGGCUCUGGUGGUGCGGGCGGAGCGCGACACUUCGGCCGCUGGGGCUCACUGAAGGGCCGGCAGCCUUCCAGCCUCGACCUAUACCAGCGGCAGCGCCUUUCCGCCGCCGAUGUCGACUCGGUUUCGGGCGACGGCACGGGCGGUGUGCGACGCGCUUCGCUAUACAUCGUGACAGAAAAGGGGCUCAGCAUAGCAACAGUUAGCGGCUGCGAGCCCGUCCCGGCAGAAUACCCGGACGGGCGCGCGGCGAGACACGCCUUCAAGAAACUGCUGCGGGCGGCCGCGCCUUCCGCGCCGGCGGCGCCCAACGAUCCUGGCUUCUACAGAUUGGUGGAGGAAUCAGGCUGGCUGUGGCAACUUCGGCAGCUGUUUCAACUAGCUGGCUGCGUAGUGGACCUGCUAGAUUUGCAAGGUUCAUCUGUGCUGCUGUCGCUUGAGGACGGCUGGGAUGUGGUGGCGCAGGUAUCAUCCCUGGCGCAAAUCUGCCUAGAUCCCUACUACCGGACGAUAGAAGGGUUCCGCACCCUCGUGGAGAAGGAGUGGCUGGCCCUUGGACACAAGUUCCAGCAGCGGCUCAACAUCGGGCCCACUCCUCAGCAGGGCUACACGCCCACCUUCCUCAUGUUCCUUGAUGCUGUCCACCAGCUCCAGAAGCAGUUCCCGCUAGCCUUCGAGUUCAAUGAUUACUACACCCGCCUCGUCGCGUACCACAGUACGUCGUGUCGGUUCAGAACAUUCUUACUCGACAACGAGGCCUCACGAGCUGAACUAGGGCUCGUGGACGAGCGCCGGCCGGACAUCGGCAAUCGAUUGGGCGUGGAGACGGGCGUGACCGGUUCAGAAGAGGACGUGUACCGCGCGCAGCACGGCCAGUCGCUGUUCGACUACAUCGACAAGCUGCACCAGAAAUCGCCUAAUUUGUACAAUUUCCUGUACACGCCGGACCUUGAUAACCCGGUACUACGGCCGAUGUCGUCCGUAUGCAGCCUGGAAGUGUGGGAGUACUACACGCACGAGGAGCUAGCGCACGGCGCGCCGUACGACCUGGAGGCGCAGUCGGCCGACGACGAGCGGGAGUCGCGCGCUCGCCGCACCGUCACCGCCGGAUACGAUAGUAUACCCCGUGCCAUGCCGGCUUCGUUCACUGGACUGUUGGAACGGAUCCGUUCGCUAGAACUGGAGCUAGGGCACCUGCCGCAGAAAUGGCGCGUGCGCUGGGAUCAGCUAGAGUUGCCCAACACGUUGGAGUUGCAGCGCAACUCGUCCCUCUCCUCGUCCGUGGUCCGUCGCUGCACGCUGAUGCUGCACAAGCGCGGCACGCUGGAGCUGCUGGUGCGGGGCCGCCUGGCGCGCGCGCCCGCCGCCGCGCCGCAGCACCGCUGGGGCGCCGCCGCGCACGCCGCGCCGCAGCGCUGCGACCACUGCGACCAUCUGCUGUGGGGGCCCGUCAAGACGGGCGUCCGCUGCAUGGACUGCGGCGCGAGCUGCCACGAGCGCUGCGCGGACCAGCUCACGGCGCCCUGCACGCGGUAUAAGGCGCCGCCGCCGCCCGAGCGGGAUAGAGAUCCGAGGGCCUCUGGGGGAAACAGUGUAGGCACGCUGCAGUCAUCUUCGCAGCAGUACUACGAGCAGUUCUCAUCCAACGUGGCAGAGAACAGGACGCACGAGGGCCACCUUUACAAGCGAGGCGCGCUGCUCAAGGGCUGGAAGCAACGGUGGUUUGUGCUAGACUCCAUCAAGCAUCAGCUUCGCUACUACGAUGCGAUGGAGGACUCUCAUUGCAAAGGCUUCAUUGACUUAGCAGAGGUGAUCACGGUAAUGCAGGCCCCACCCGCACCCGGACCGCCUAAGAAAUGCGACGACCGCUCGUUCUUUGAUCUACGAACGAGCCGACGCACCUACAACUUCUGCGCGAGCGACGCCAACGCGGCGCAGGAGUGGAUCGAGAAACUGCAGGCGUGUUUACAGUGAGCGAGUCACAAACUUCACGCUUUCCUCUUCCGUCGGGAGCGCCGUGAGCGAGAUGCCGAAAGUCUAGCUAAUAGUUUCAGGCGUCAGUAGAGCAUCUUAUUAAAAAAACAUGAUACAAUUAAUACAAUACUGUUUAUUACACGCCUCUAACAGCUUACAUUCAAACAGAGGCAUAUUGACAAACUAAAUAAAUUGUAAAUGUACAAUUUUUCUUUACUUGAAUCCAUUUUUUUGGGAUUAGUUAUUUGGAAACGCUAGCAUUAUCUUUAUUUUUAAAUAUGAAUUUUUUUACUACGCACGCACGCUAAAAACAAAAACCCAAAGAUGGAAUUAAAACUUGUUAUGGACGCCCUCUAGUAUCUUACAUUUUUAAUACCUUUAAUUGUAGUUUAAACUGGUUUAAAAGUAUUUCAAUAACUAAAUCGACAAAAAGUGUAUGACUAGUGAAAUAUACCCACAAAUAACUAAUGUUAAAAAAGUGACGCGAUCUCACGGUCCUCGCGCCAUUUAGCGUAGUUAUUGCGUAAACAGCUUCACUAUCGCUCUAGUUUUUUAAGAGAGUUGAAAAUACGCUGAUGGUUUUUAAGAAGUUGUUUACCUAGUUAGGAUAAUUGUCGACAAAUUUAAUUAUAGUGUUGUUAUGUUGAAUUUGUACAUAUUUUAUCUUUAAUUAUUGUUGUGUAAAGACUUUCGUUCCAUUAUGUGUAAUUCAGUUCGUAGCGCAUCUGUUGCACGUAUUUACUCACUCGUGUCUUCAUUUGAGCGUUUUCAGUGUUGUAAUGUGUAUUUUACAUGCACAUUUAUAUAUUUAAGCAUUUCUGGUGGCCCAUGAGGGGACACAGGCUCAAAUGGUGACACGGCCUUAGUGUGACCGACGCAACGCGAGUUUAGUAAAGUUCUAAAUAUAAUAAAUUGUAUUUCGUAAUGGAAGAUAUUAUUUUUUACUCGGGAAUCUCGUUCCAAUGAGCCACCCUCGUUUAUUGUUAUAUACUCAUUGAUAAUUUUGUAUGUUUUGUAAAUAGUGACACCCACAUAUCAGCCGCCGCGACGCCCUGAAUUUAACCUCUAUAAGUACGCUGGUACAAUGCUUUUAGCCACUGCAUCCGUGUCUUUCUAACUUUAUACGCUCGGAUCCAAUAUGACUACAGUUACAUUCUUCUAAAAUCACGUCUAAUAAAAACACAACUUCAUCGUAGUUUGCUUCUUGAGACAAUUUCAUCGUAGAUUUUUGACCUUUAAUAUAAUCAUUGAUCAAUAAUGUUUAUUUUUACUUGUAACAGUGUCUGACAAUGAUUUCCACUUCGUAAGGCCCAAUUUGCAUGACCAUUUGCAUUACCGUUUCAAUCUAAUUAGAACCUUUCAUAAAGCAAAUAAAGUUGCAUUUCUUGUUUCAUUGCUUUAACAAACGUAAUCCAUCUCAAUUUACUAUACAACAAGGUUGAAAUUAAAAAUAGGAAAUCUUGUAUGAUGGUCCUUACAAGGAUAAAAGAUAUCAAUAUAAAUUUUUGCUUGCAUUUGGGACUUUACGAGUAACGUAACUGCUAUAGUAAAAUAUUCAAUCCGUGAUGUGUAAGAGCCAGAUGCAGGUUAUAAGCACUAGUUCUAUGUAGCCAAGUCUAAUGCAAAUGGUUAUUUACAUUUUUUAUAUAUGUUGGUGUUUAUAAAUUUAAGUAGGUAUGUAUACAGUAAGCGACAGGCAGGCGGAGUUUUAUAUCGAUUUCAGACAAAAAAAUCCAUAUAAAGAUGCAAUAUAAAUCUAUUGACAGAAUGACAUCUUUGAUCUGAAAUCGUCAGACCUGCCGACUAUAUAUGAUUAUUGCUAAGAUUGUUGUGUACAUAUUUUUGACGUGGGGUCCGCAUUUCGUCGCGGUGGGCGAGCGGGAUAUGAAUGUUGUGUUGUGUUUGUGUUGUGAGGGCUCGGUCGAUGCUUUUUAAUCAUGGGUAUUUGUCUUCUAAGUCUACUACUGCUUAGACAAGGCCAGCACGCAUAUUUCACGUUCUAUGUGAGAAUAUACAGUGGGUAUAACGAAUAUUGCUGUUACAAAUUAUUGUUGCCAUAAGCGAUAUUCCUUUUUUUUGCAACUUUUUAAUGUAAUUUUUUGCUGAAGAUUGACCUACUUUUACUUUUUUUACGGUUUCUUAUUAGUUUCGUAUCGUUACUGUUCUAAAUUAACGCUGUCUUCUAAAUACUGCCACAAAUUCGCACGGUUGCAAUGUAAUUUUUAACAUUCGUGUGUUCCUCUAAGUGAAUAAGGUUUACUAUAUCGCGUUAUGUAAUAAUGGGCGGGAAGUUCAAAGGAUUAAAAGCGACUUAACGUCUUAAUUGUAAUAUUAUAAUUGCUCUAACAGUUCUUAUAGUUGCAAUUUCCAGUACAGAUAAAUACAAUAUAGAAUUCAAAUCAAAAGGUUAACCUUUUGAUCUUAAGAUCAAAAGCUCGAAGAGUUCUCACAACAAUUAGAUGUACGCGCCUGUAGCGCUGUAGAAAUUAUUCGUGCCAAAUAUGCACCGAGUGCGAUCAGAACUUGCUUUGCUCCAACACGGGCCGUAUACUCAUAGGCCCCCUGAGAUCAACUCCGUACAAGGUUUUAUAGGCCUCCUAAAGGCCGUACUUAAAGGUCGGGAAGGGCUCACGAGGCCACUGUCAUAUCAGAGAGUGGAGUGUAUGAAAUAGUUUCACUAGACAGCAUUGUCAUCACGGUAUAGGUUAGGCCUGAUGGGUCUCUGUAAGCACUACUGGUAAAGCUUUCGCUUGGUGUUUCACUGCCUUUAAAAACAAGUAAGGGGCGAUUGAUUUAAUAGCUAGUAGUCAUAACUGACCAUCGGUGGACCUUUAUGUUAAUCUAUUUAAUAUGGACCUUUAUGUCUUUAAAAUAAAGUUAACAAAUUGUCAGUUAACAAUGUGGGCGAUGGUACGGUACGGUAGCACUUAACCUAUUAUCACCAAAUGUCAGCGUGUAGUUUAGGGGUCAUCCAUUAAUUACAUCACACGUUUAGGGAGGGGAGGGGGUCAAGAAAAUGUGACAUGUUUUGACAAGGAGGAGGGGGGAUUCACAAGCUUUGUGAUGUCACCAACUUAUUUAAAUUAUUCUAUUCGCUGUACAGUUAAAUAACUAGUUUUUGGAACGAUAAUCGUUUUUAAUCGUUUAAUUUUCUUUCUUUCUUUUAAAAAAUUACUAAUAUUUCUUUUGUCAAAAAUAUUUUGAUAAAAUAUUAUUUUAAAUAUUACUUAAUUUGAUUUGCCGAUUUCAUUUAUAAAAAUGUGACGUCACACCAGGGGGGAGGGGUUUGCCAAAUGUGACCGUGUGACAAGGAGGGGGGAGGGGUAAAAAAAACCUCGAAAUUCCUGUGACGUAAUUAAUGGAUGAACCCUUAUGUAUAACUUCAUUGGACAAAUGGCACAUAUCUACAAAAUAGGUAAUCAACAACAAUCAAUUAUAUAGGUAAAUAGUUACCAUAUAAGGACCCGUGUUUCAAUACUGAUUUGUCUAAAACGUAGCAAUUAAUAUUGCUACAUUUUAGACAAAUCAGUAUUGAAACACCCAUAUGCCCAUUGGGUCGUUUUCGACCCACACUCUUUAAGGUUACAGGCUCACUCCCCUACUAAUUUUAACGUGUAGGAGCUUGUUUUAUUCAUUGGGUCGAAAACGACCCAAUGGGCAUAUAUGGGUUAGAAAGGAAAACACCACGUAGAAACACAAAACAUUCUGUAUGGAGCGGCGUAAACUAUUUAAACUUAACCUCUUGAUUUAAACUUAAUCAACGAACUUCGUGAAUAAUUUUCCACUUUAAUUGUGCAUAGUUUGCAUGUAAUGAUUACAUGCAAACUAUUGUAAUCUCACAAAACGGGUCCUGAACUAGAUAUCUGCCACUAUUUUAGAUUCGCAGUUCGCAGUUUUGCCUUAACGUUUGACAAGAAAAUGGCUUAUCUGCUUACUCAUUUGAAUACUGUUUACUAUAUUAAAAUGUAUUUAUAUAGUAAAACUCGCUCCAUACGAAGGAUGUUCUACUGAGGCUGAAGGGACAAAAAUGUGUCUUGAUGCUUAGGCGUAUUAUACCGCUUUAUAAACGCCUCUAAGUAAUACGAGCAGAAGUAAAGUCUAACAUAUUUUUUUAAGUAAUUGACUUCCUCUUUAAAGGCCAGAGCACACCGGAUGUGUAUGUAAAGAUCUGCACGUGAGCGUGCACUAAAAUGUUGGACCCGUGCAUGCAUACUUCACGCAAGAAGUGUGUCGUCUCUCAUAAGGAUCUGUAUUUUACAAUGCGCACGUACACGGUUGCGCACACGCAUCCGGUGUGCACAGGCCUUUAAUAUAGGAUUUCACUAGAACCGUUCGUUUCUAAUGUUAAAGAUAUUCAGCUUAACGCAGUUGAUCUUAACUAAUUGGCUUUAAUGGAUGUUCACCCUUAUGCAUUGGAUUUGGUUUGGUCGUGCAUACAAAUUGCUUUUGCUGCGUUGGGCGAUCUCUUAUGUAAGAAAUCAUUGCGAUCGUGUAAAGCUGGUUUUACUGUACCUGCCUAUUUAGUUACGCCCGAGGCUUAGCUUAACCAACAACGUCUACCGCUUCUGGUCGAAAUAAUCUGUGUGACUAUGACCGUUCGUCCCGUUAACUACGUUCAUAGUUUCUGUGAGCUGACCCAGUCUCGUAUGUGCUGUGUACCGUCAAAAAAAGAGAUUUUUUAAAAUAAA